UUUAUGUUUAAAUUCUACGAGAUUCAACUAAACAAGAUUUUUAAAAACUAGCUGAAAUGACUUGAAAUGGGUUGCUGGAUUGUCCUUGUCCCAUGCUUCCAUCAGUGUUCUUCUAGAGGAAAGAAAGAGAAGGACAGAAAAGGGAGGAGAUGGAGCAAGAGGGGAGGGAAAUGUCCUUCAAUUAUCCAGAUUUUUUAGGGAAAACCCACACAGUCAGAAGCUUCCAUGAGCCUUUCAGGACAACGCACAGGCAGCUUUUUUUCUUUCGCAACUCUUGUCUUUUUUAUUUUGCAUACCUGUAGCUUGAAGUGUUGGUGUCAGUGCAUCAGAGACGGGAAGUAACACCAGCAGUUUUUAGAGGAAGUAUGUCACUCUCUCUGUGCUUUGUUUGCCUGCUCCUGACUGCUCUCUGGGGCAGCAGUUGCUUUGCCAAGCCCGCCCCAUUCAACGUGUCAAUGGAGGGCAGCGGGGAUGAACCCGAACUCAUCUUUCCCAUUGCUCGUACCACCCAUGUUCCUCCAUCCCCCUCGCCUCCUCCCAACAUAACAGCCACUUUCAUCCGCAUCAAAGACUUCCUUUUCAACCAGGCAGUGGACUUCCUGAAGGAGAACUUGCUUCUCAUCAUUGUCGUGACCUCUCUGUUGGUAGUCAUCAUCUUCAUCGUCUGCUGCGCUUCAGCGAUGAGCCACAAACGCAAGCUUGAGGCCUACUAUCCUCCAAAGACCUACGCACCCAGGAAAUACAUGAGCCAACCUAGUAAAGCUAUGGAGAAACCACAUAACCAGAUUCAGGAAGGUAAGACCACAACCGCAAAGACCCUACGGGAACCCACUAAAGCACUGGUGGGUGAGAAGGAAGGAAAAGACCCCCAGCCCAAGCCGAAAGAGGUCCAAAAGUUGGAGGAUGUUGAAGAGGUGGAGAUGCAGAAAGAUGAGCCCAAGAAGAAAGAGGAGCCUCAGCCUACCACCUCAAAUGUCACUUCCAGUCAGCCGCUAGUCUGUACGUGCCACCUCAGAAAGGCCAAUCACACCACAGCGUGAGAGCUUUUUCUGAAACAUGCAGGAAUGACCUUGAUCCCAAACUUUUUCUACUGGUAGAUAUGAUGCCCACACUCUUACUCUUUGUGUUCUUGUUGCUUUGCAACUUGUGUAUGUGCCAUCAGAGGAAGAGUGGAAAAAAAUGUUUUAUCA